AUGGCAGGCUACCUAGGCCGCCCCUCAGCCGGCGACUCACCUUUUGCUAUAGGUCAAAAAGCCUACUUUGACACCUCAAACCCCCAAGCGCCGUCUCAGCGGAACCCGACGCCGAGGGGCCAGGCGCAGGGGAUUCCUCAGCCGUACGGCGGUGCAGGGGGCGGAGGAGGCGAUGUGAGUGGGGAGGCGAGGAGAAGGUAUGAGGAGAGGUAUAAGAAGAAGAAGGAGGAAGAGGCGGCGGCUGCGGCGGCGGCGGCGGGAGGAGGGGGUGGCGGGCAGGGACAAGGACAAGGGCAUGGGCCCCCUCCCCCGAUGCAACAUCAACAGAGCUACGCUCCCGCUCCGCCCGGCGCAUACCCCUCUUCCCCUCAACCUCCACCUCAACAGUUCUCUCAGCCUCCCCCGCCGCAAUGGUCCGGCUUCUCUGCGCCUCCUCCGCCGCAGCAUCAUCAACAGCAGCAGCAUGGUCAAGGGCAGUACGCCUCGCCUCAAUCCCAACAUGGCUCUCUUGCGCCUCACCACAACCCCUCCCGCUCCUCCUUUGAUCAAUCGCGCACCUCCCCCCAGCCCAACCGGUCCAGCUUUGACCAGUCCCGUCCUAACCCGAACCCGAACCAGGGGUAUGCCCCGCCUCUUCCAAAUCAAGCUGGAAGAUCGCAGAGCCCAUACGAUCGCCCCAGCUCGUCUCUCCACUCGCCGCCCAUCCAGCAGGGACCAGGGCAGGGGCAGCAGCGAUGGUCUCAGCAUUCAGGGAACAGCGGGCCCCCAACUGGCGGUGGGCAGGGAGGACAGGGAGGGGGCCCGCAGUGGAGCCAAAAAGCGGCGCCUCCGCCUCCGCAGGACUUUGGGAGACGGCCGGCGUCGGCGCAGAGUCAUCAGAUGCAGCAGGGUGGAGGGAGCAGUCAGGGGCAUGGAGGACAGCAACAGCAGCAGCAGCAGCAGCCGAUGGGUCUGGGAGGGGACGACGAGUUGAGGAUGAUGUUUGAACAAUUCGACUCAUCCCGGACUGGCCAGCUCAACUCAUACGACCUGCAGCGCCUCCUCGCCAAGGACAGUCUGAUGGAGGAUCCGCGAGAAGACGCAGUCAAGAUGUUGAUGAAUAUCUUUGAUACGGACCGGAGUGGGAGUAUCAACCAUAUGGAGUUUGAGGGGCUGUAUCGGUAUAUCCAAGACUGGCACGGCAUCUUCCAGCGUUUCGACAAGGACGCAUCCGGCCUCAUCGACCGUAAAGAGCUACACCAAGCCCUGCUGGGUUUCGGAUUUUCGUUACCGACCGAAAUGGUCCGUAAGCUCGAAAAACGAUUCGCGCCGCCUCCGAAAUUGCUUCCAGGGGGCCAGGUGGAGAUGCGGAAAGGGAUCAGUUUUGAUCGGUUCUUGAUGGCUUGUGUGACUGUGAAGCAUUAUACGGAGGGGUUUAGACGGUUGGACCCGAAUAACCAGGGCAAGAUCACGGUCGACUACAACUCCUUUAUGGAUAUGGUGCUUGAUGCGCCUUGA